GUGUCAUCUCUAUCGGUUCCACAUCAAGUUUGCAUUUGCUCGCAUUUUGGGUUUGUUUUGAUUUGUAUUUAAUAAAAAAAUCCAAAAUGUCAGAGACCAUGGCGGAAGAAAAGCCUAAAGAUAAGUCUAGGGGAAACCGGCGCAAGGACAAAAAGGACAAGACCAAUCAGGUCAUCAAGAUUGUGAUGCGGCAUUUGCCGCCCACCAUGACGGAAGCCGACUUCCUGGACCAGGUGGGUCCUUUGCCGGAGAACGACACCUACUACUACUGCCCGGCGGACUGGUCCCUGGGCCAGGAGGCCACCUGCCGCGCCUACAUCGACAUGUCGAUGAAGGACAUCGCCGACGUGCUGCAGUUCCGGGACCGAUUCGACGGCUAUGUCUUCGUGGACACCAAGGGCGUCGAGUACGUGGCCAUUGUGGAGUACGCCCCCUUCCAGUGCUUCCUCAAGAACAAGGCCCGGAACGACGACAGCAAAGUGAACACCAUCGAGAGCGAGCCCCACUACCAGGAGUUCAUCCAGCGGCUGGCCGACGAGCGGGAGGAGGCCAGUCGGAUGGGCGACGUCAAGAUCGACUUUUGCUUCGACCGCCGGGCGGACGAGAAGGUCAAAUCCACGCCCCUGCUGCAGUACCUGGCCAACAAGAAGGAGAAACGCCGCGAGGAGGCCCGCAAGCGGAACGAGGAGAAGCGCAAGCAGCGCGAGGAGCAGAAGCAGGUGCGUCUGGCGGAGCAAUCGGACGCAACCAAGUCCAAGGAGUCGGCUGGUGCUGGCGGGGACACCAAGAAGCCCGCCGGCAACAAUGCCAAUGCCAAGAAGGAUGGCAAGGAAACCCCGGCAUCCGCCGCUCAAGGCAACGACGCGGCCAAGACCUCGCGCUCCAAGCGGCGUACGGAGCGGGAUCAGCGGCGACGGGAGGAGCACGAGAAGCGCAAACUGGCCCAGCGGGAUAAGAAGAAGCCAGAGGGUCAGAGCCAGGGCAAACCCGAACAAGACAAACCUUCCGGCGGCAAGCAAAACCAAAAAAACACAAAGUCUAAGGCGGACAAGGACAUCGUCAUUCUCAAGAAGGAAAACAAACCACCAGAGGCAAAGGAUAGUGCGCAAUUGCCAACCACUUCAAGGGCAGCAGAAGAUUGCCAGGGAAAAACGACGACUGAAAACAGCGAGGUAACAGAAGCUGUCAAGAAAUUCAUCCAAGCUGCCGGCGGAGGUGCAAAGGAUAAAGGAACUAGCGCAAAAGCACAGGAUACAGCUGCCGAGGAGGCCAUCAAGGCAGCACGAUUCCGAGACUCAGAGGAGCGACGCAUUCGCAACAAGGAUCGUCCCUCGAUUGCCAUUUACCAACCCAAGGCGCGCAAUCGCAUAGGAUCGGAUGAUUUGCCACAAGGCACGGGUAAAGACUGUUCGGAUGGAGAGGCUUCCGUGGUGGAGGAAAAGUCGGCCAAGAAGAACAAACGCUCCAACCGGCGCAACAAAUCGAAGCCCCAGGAAGUCAAGGAAGAGAAUCAGGAUGAAGCUCGACGCGUUUCCAAAUCCUCGGAGAGCAGCAACAGUGCCAACUCCACCAAAGCCGUCAAAUAGCGUUAACGUAAGGACUUUAUUGUUAAAUAAACGUUGCACAUUUGGAUGGGGCAGUCAUGGGUCAAUAGAACUCGUCCUCCAUUUCCAUCUGUGUACACGAUUUUUGAUUA